AUGGUGAGGCAUUUCGAGUGACGGCUGAAGCUGCUGUUGCAAACUCCCUUCCUCCGGGCGAACAUCCGGCUGAUUUGCAUUUUGUUACAAUGGGCGAAGCGCAAGACACUUCACCGAAGGUGACUGAAUCUAUGAUUCGCUCGCAUACUGUAACGACCACGACCACCGGUUCGAUGAUCGUGACGUCAUCACUGUCUGUCGCGACCACAGCGACACAGCCAACACUAGUGACUGUGUCUUCUGCCACUUCUGCUAUCUCAGAAACCGCGACAAAGUCGGUUAGUGACCAAGCUCGCUUAGCAAUGGCUCGAGACUCAUUUCGUCAGUCCAGUGACCGAAGCCGUUUUUCAGGUACCCCUACUCCCGCGACAACUACCCACGCAAUCCCGUCUGUUCUGCCCACCAACCUAACCAGUGUGCCUCCAGUUCAACAAGUCUUCAGACCAGAUGCUCGGGCUCGCAGUACACAAGACCUGUCAGGACAACUAGGUCAUGAUAAACCUGCUGCUCCCGGAACUGGCCCAUCCCUCUUUGCGUCUACAGCGACGCUUUCUCGAUUGUGGAAUGACUUAUCUGCAUUCAAACCGGUCGCCCGCUCUACCCCGACAACGGCACAGGUGGGUAGUUUUAUACGAGGGCGUGAACCGGUGGUAGAUAGCUCUCACUUUGUCUUGGAAACUAGCACCACCUUACGUGGUUCACCAUUCU